UAUAGAACACAUCAGUAAUCCCCAGAGGAGGGCAUCUCUGAGGCAAAGAUAUGUCUAGGGAUCCUCUUGUGGUGGGCAAUGUCAUUGGGGACAUUUUGGACCCUUUCGUCAAGUCGGCUACCCUCCGGCUGCUCUACAACAACAAGGAAGUCAUGAAUGGGUCCGAGCUCAAACCGUCGGCCGUCGUAAAUGAGCCGAGGGUCGAGAUCCGGGGCCGCGAUACGAGGACUACUCUUUACACACUUGUGAUGGUUGAUCCUGAUGCACCGAGCCCGAGCAACCCUACUAAGAGGGAGCACUUGCAUUGGUUGGUGACCGACAUACCGGAAACGGCUAAUGCUAGUUAUGGAAAUGAAAUCGUUCCGUAUGAGAGCCCGCGUCCGACUGCCGGAAUUCACCGGUUUGUGUUCGUGUUGUUCCGGCAAUCGGUUCGUCAGACCAUAUAUGCACCCGGGUGGAGGCAAAACUUCAACAGCAGGGACUUCGCAGCGCUUUACAACCUCGGGGCCCCUGUGGCCGCAAUGUACUUCAAUUGCCAAAGAGAGAAUGGGUGUGGUGGAAGAAGGUACUUAUAACUACUGCGAUCGGAAAAUCAAAGUUUACGAUCGAUCGACAGCAUUUGAAUUGAAUGUCAUCGAUCGACUUACAAUAACACACGCAAAUGGCAUUGCUUAAGUAGUGUAUUUAUUAUUAUUGAAGAAUUGUGUGAGCUAUAGCCAAAGGCUGAACGAACUUUAGCUAUGUAAUUCCAUAUCUAUAGAACUAAUAUGAGAAAUCUUCGACCCAAUACGCUUGUUCAGAGCUUACAACAAUCAAACUAAUGU